UGCUGCAUCCUAGAUUAGCCGGCCUCCUAGAUUAAACAUGUAGAUCUUCCUUCCGCUCUUUGGAACACUGUCAGGAUGUUUGUGCCAAUUGUAUUGCAGUUACUAGCUGGCAACGUAGAAAAUAUUCUGUGAUGUGCUGUGGCGAAGCUGGUGGUCCAGUCGACUACAAUUAUUACUGGAUGGGAUGAAGCUUUGGGAGUAUACUGCUGCAUAAAACGACUGCUGUGCUUUUAUGGCGGCCAAACAGCGAAGAUUCAGACAGUAGGAAAAGGUCCACGGGUUGGAUUGAUGAUGUGGCUUUGAAAUGGUACUACUACUACUCCGUAUUUGUUUAUCUUGUGGAAUGUGGAGGUGUGCCUGAAGACCAAGACCCAGAUGCAUAUAUGUCACCUUGCAGGUGCAAACCUGCACGAGUUACAUACAGUCUUUAGACCAGAAGAAGAAGAAAAAAGUUUCUGAAAGGACUCUUUUGAGCCGGAAUCCAUGGUGGAUUCUGAAGAGCAGAACGGCAAUGGCCGUGAGCCUGCAGCCAACACUCGGGACGCUCCCAAUGGGCAGCAAGAAGGUCCAAAUCCAGGCGUGGGCGAUGAGGCUGUGCUCCUGUGGAAGCUAAGGAAGUACCUGGUGCUGCUGGCUAUCCUGGCCGCGGCCAUCACCUACCAGGCCGGGCUGGCUCCUCCCGGUGGCUUCUGGCAAGAAACCAAGGACGGCCGCGUCGCCAGCGACAUCGUGCUGAGGGCCAGCUACCCCAGGCGGUACCUCGUGUUCUUCUACUGCAACACCACGGCGUUCGGGGCCUCGCUCAUGGUCCUGAUACUGCUCCUGGUGAGAGAGCUGAGCCGGAAUGCGAUUUGGCUCCGCUCGCUUCAGUUCGCCAUGAUCCUGGGAUUGCUUGGGCUCAUGGGGGCCUAUGCAGCCGGGAGCUGCAGGGAGGUGAGGACCUCUGUUUACAUCUGGGUGUUGCUAGUUGGCAUCUUCGCCUAUGUCAUGCUCCAUGUGCUAUUCUUCCUGCAUCUGGCACCUGAGGGACUGCUAGCCAUAUUCUCGGAUGUUCGCAGAAGUUGGGAGCGAACUCUGGAAAACAUUUUCAGGAAACCUGAAGGUACUGAACGAGACAGGAUAGCACCUGCGCAAGAGGCUGCAGACCAGAAGGAAGAACUUGAACGAAAUCGCAGCUCAUUGCUGGUUCUUGCCACAUUGGCAGCAACGGUGACAUAUGUCGCAGGGCUAAGCCCUCCAGGUGGCUUCUGGCCUGACAACAAUGGUAUCCACCUUGCUGGCGAUCCGGUGCUGCGAGACCAUUAUCCGCGCCGGUUCAAGGCGUUCUUGGUCUGCAAUGCCACUGCUUUUGCGGGAUCCCUCGUCAUCAUCAUCAUGCUCCUCAGCGCGGCGGUGGAUCAAGUUGUAAAGUCAAAUGCUCUACGGUUUUGUGUGCUAGUUAGCCUCUUUGGCCUUAUGGGGGCAUAUGCUGCUGGAAGCUGCAGGGAGGUCCAGACAUCUAUCUAUGUCUUUGCACUUGUUGGUGCAGUCUUGCUCUACCUCCUCAUUCAGUUUAUUGUACCUGUUAUGUUCAAGCCAAAGUGUAUAGAAAAAACCAUCAGGUGUCUGAAAGCGAAGAAGGAUGAAAUGCUUGAGAAGCUGAAUGCUUUCAUCAUGACUCCCAGGGCAUUGACUCCCCCUUCAGAACAUGAUCUACCACAUCAAUCCAACAACAAUACGCCAGACACUGAUGAUAAUGUUAAGCAUGAUCUGCAGAAGCUGCGCACAUACCUUCUAUUGCUUGGCAUCCUUGCUGCCACUGUCACCUAUCAAGCAGGGCUGAAUCCACCAGGAGGCUUUUGGACAGAUAACAGUGAUGGGCAUAUUGCUGGUGAUCCAAUUUUGGAGGUCCUCAGUCCCAAGCGCUACAAGGCAUUCUUCUAUUGUAAUGCCACAGCAUUUGUAGCCUCUUUGGUCAUCAUCAUCCUACUCCAGAGUCAGUCAAUCACCAUUCAUGCCAUGAAGCGUCAUGUACUGCAAUCAGCGAUGUCACUAGUCCUCUUUGGUCUCAUGGGAGCCUAUGCUGCUGGAAGCAGCAGGAAGUUCUCAACGUCCAUAUAUGUCUUCGUCCUAAUCCUCCUUGUUUUCGCCUAUGUUGUACUUCAUGCCGUGUUGUACGUAGCUCUCAAGACACGGUUGAAGAGCAUAAUAGGGAAAAUAGAGGCAUACACGUCAAAAUUGCUCCACUGUUUUGGAGAUUCUUCUGAAAGUGGGGAUGCUGUUCUUGAAGAAAAAGAUUUACAGAAGAGGCGCAAGUUUCUGAUGUUGCUUGCGAUUCUAGCAGCUUCUAUCACAUAUCAAGCUGGCAUAAGCCCACCCGGUGGCUUUUGGACUGACAACAAAAAUGGCCACCGAGCAGGUUACUCGGUGUUUCGUGAUGAGUUCCGAAACCGUUACAGAGUGUUCUUCUACUUCAAUGCUACUGCUUUCAUGGCGUCCCUGGCCGUGAUUCUGUUGCUUGUAAGCAAGAGGCUAUGCCACAAAGGUCUGAAGUGCUAUGCACUGCGUGCAUGCGUGCUAGUCGAUCUGAUCAGCCUCAUGGGUGCUUUUGCUGCUGGAAGCUGCAGAAAAGUGUCGACAUCUGUGUAUGUCAUCCUUGUUGUUGUUGCAGUGUUUGUCUAUGUCAUGAUUCAAGUUCUGGUUUUGACAUUUGCAAAAGAGAAGGUGAAUGGCUUAGUGAAGUGGGUAUUAGAGCUCCUCAAGGCCAAGGCUUUCGAGCUUCAACGUCACAAGUGUGAAGAUCAAUCUAUGAAUCACACAACAAGCCCACCAAGGAACGAAAGAGAGAACAAAUGGCGCAAAGAUUUGAUGCUGAUUGCAACUCUUGCAGUCACUGUCACAUACCAAGCUGGGCUGCUCCCACCAGGUGGAGUUUGGCCUGAUGACCAGUACGGCCAUUUUGCAGGUGAUCCGAUCCUCCAUGAUACCAACCUAAAACGAUACAAAGUAUUCUUCUAUUGCAAUGCCACAGCAUUCAUGGCCUCAAUGGUCAUGGUCAUCCUCCUACUGAACAACACAAUAAGCAAGUACAAGAGAUCUCUCCUUGCCAUGAAAAUGGCAAUGGUGUUUGUCUUACUUGGUCUACUUGGGGCAUAUGCCGCAGGUAGCUGCAGGAAGUUGAAAACAUCUGCUUACAUCUUUGCACUCGUCAUUGCCGUGAUCAUCUAUAUUGCCGUUCAUGUCUUGUUGUCAUUUGACAAGGUGGACAAGUUAAUGAAGGAGAAGAGAGAAAAGUGGAUGCCCUGUCUGAAUACGUCGGCUCCGAUUGGAGUGGAUUCAAACAAUCAACCAUCUGCUGGGGAAUCAGGAGUCUCUCUGCCUGUGGUGGGACUUGGAAAGCAAUUGGGUCAUGCUCUCGUGGAUUUGACCGACUGCCAGGCUGCCUAUUGUCAAGGACGCACCUCCUCGUUGAUCAUGCUGAUCUGGAAGCAGCUCAAUGCUGCCACCUUCAACAACGUGCAGCUCGACACAAUCAGGGCCGAGGCCGCCUGUGGGCAUAGACACGGGUGGUGGAUCUUGGGUCGAUGCUCCUGGUGGUGCUUAACGCUUAGGCGUGUAGCAUUGUAAAUCUCGGUGUUCACCCUUUCUUGGCUUGUACAUAACAUUUCUUGUAUCAAUGCAUCAAGACGCCAGGCUCAUCGUAGGAAUAGGUAUCUCUCCUUUUUGCAAGAGAGGAAGGAAUAGAUCUUUGACGGGACUACCAGGGACUUCAUAUACUGGUUUCUGCUAUAAUAGGCACAUGCCCUUUUGGUGUCCGAUGAAAUUCCCUGUGGUCCUCUGGUGCACAUGAAUUCUUCAGCAAAGAGACCUUACGAGAUUGCUUGCAUGAUGCUUCAUGAAAUACCAUCAAGAUAUUGGCCAUUUUGUGAGUGGCAACCCAAUGGCAUUGCAUCCCGUCUUUCCAAACGCACAGGCAUGGUCCAUCUGUUGCUCAAAUUGAAUGGAAUGACUGGGAUGGAUAAGGACCUGAUUUGGGGAGCUGUAGAAAGCCAGGUCAAGGAUAAAUGAAUGGCUAUGAUUCUGUUAUGGACCUUGAUCCACAACGAGACAUUUGGGAAUAGGGGGCUCACCUUCUUCAAUCCAGCGGCAGUGCUCAUCCCUGACGUGGAAGAGAGGCUCUGAGGCUUGCCGGAACUUCCAAUUAUGGACUACUUUCUCCAAAAGAUUACAUGCAGACUUGAUCCACAAAUUGGAUCUCAAUUCUAAGACUGAACCAGAUCUCUACCUUCCAAGCUCAAUUGGACUCUUUCUAGUAGACCUGAAUCUAUUCAACAAAGGUACAUAUUACUUCAUUUUAUUCCUUUUCCUAACCCUCCUAUCUAUACAUAAUCUAUGCACCCACGACCAUAACAGAUUCAUUUAUUCAUUUUCCUAACCCUCCUAUCUCAACAAGGAAAAGGAACUAGUUUGUAUUCCUCCCAUGCUUUCGGUAUACCAGGGUUAGUAUGGGCACAUGGCUCGUUGUGAAGUUACAACCUAUAGUAUUAUUGUAUAUCUUCUGUAAAAAAUGGUUAAAUGGCAAUUAAUCCAAAUAUUUGUAUGAUAAUAGCAGUGGCAGUCUUUUACGAUCACUCAACCUAUGUACAGCAUGACCUAAAAGUAGGUAAAGGAAUGGGCAGACAGCACUUCUUUAUUGACAAUACUAUAAGUAUAAAAAGUUAAGCUAAUACAUCUAGUCAAAAUUCAGGGGUUAGUUUGAUAUACCACUUAAUCCAUAAGUUUUUGUAGCCCGGUAAAUGUGUGUGCAUACUAGUUAAUAUUAUAGUUGGAAAAUGAAACUAAAAUAUUGUGCCAUAUAUAAUCUGGAAGCAUUGAGAUUAGACAGUGCUGUCAAAGAAACAGUUCAAGAUUAUUUCAUCAAAGGGAAAAAAUAGACAUAUGGUAAGGGUAGAGGAUAAUAAAAGAAAGAAGUCAUAUUAGUGAUUAACAAGGGUAAGGAACACUUUUGUUAAAAGGCAUAAGGAAUACUCUUAUCUAAUUGUGUAGAAAUACCACAUUAUUGGAUAUAAACCUGUUUACUGUGUUUCAUGCGGGUGCAUUGAAAAUUUGAAAGAGAUACUUUAACUGAAACUGUUAUAUGAAGUUGGGUCGAGUAGGACUGUAGGAGUAACCAAACAGAAAGUACUAGCCAUUUUUUUCUUUCAAGACUAUGGAGGAGAAACUACUAGUCAUUUACUUUUGUCCUUAUCCUUUUUGACGAAAGCAUGAUCAUUUCUUAGUCGCUAAAACCAAAGCUGUUAUCUUUUGAAGAGGUCCAUUAUAUGUUUUUUUUAUAUCCUUUGACUGCUUGUGAUGGCAAAUUUAUCUUUGGAUUUGAUGUCACUGUUUGGUUUCUCCACACCUUCUUAACUGCGGAGAUAAAUACAAGGAGCAGAAUAUGGGCAUAUUCCUAAUCUGAAGCAUGUCUCCAUACCACAAAUGUUCAGAUACUUAGACGAGAUUUUCUUUGGUUCUAUGAUCUCGUGGUCAUGGAGUCGCAACCGCAGCCUGGCAAUGGUCAUGAGCUUCAGAAUACCACGAGCCAACAAGAACCACAUCAGCAUGAUGACCAGACACCAAGCAGUGCUGAUGAAGCAGAGCUUCUGUGGAAGCUGAGGAAGUACUUGAUCCUGUUGGCAAUUUUAUCAGCCACUAUCACCUACCAAGCGGGGCUGGCCCCACCAGGUGGUCUCUGGCAAGACAACCAACACGGCCACAUCGCCAGUGACAUUGUCCUGCAAUAUAGCUAUACGAAGCGGUACAAAGUGUUUUUCUACUGCAACACAACGGCAUUCAUGGCAUCGUUCAUUGUUCUGAUCCUGCUCCUGGUCAGGGAGCUGAGCUGCAAUGCAAUUUGGCUCCAUUCGCUCCAGUUUGCAAUGUUUCUGGGCCUACUUGGACUUAUGGGGGCCUAGGCUGCCGGGAGCUGCAGGGAGGUCAGAACAUCUGUGUACAUUUGGAUACUACUUGUUGGCAUCUUCACAUACGUCGCACUUCAUGUAGUGUUUUUCCGGCAUCUAGCACCUGAAUGGCUCCGAGAAAUAUUCAGGGAUGUCCAGAGGUUCUGGGAUGAAUCUAUAGCACACAUUUUCAUCAGAAGGCACAACGUAACAGGUGAGCCAGAUGCUCCUAUCCAAGAUAAAAAGGAAGAACUGGAACAGAAUCGCAGUUUCUUGCUGGUUGCUGCUACAUUGGUAGCAGCAGUGACAUAUAGUGCAGGGCUAAGUCCACCAGGCGGCUUCUGGCCGAACAACAAUGCUAGCCACAUUGCUGGUGACCCGGCGCUUUGAGACCACUACCCCCGCCACUUCAAGGCAUUCAUGGCCUGCAGUUCCACUGCUUUUUCUGGAUCCCUUGUCAUCAUCAUCAUGCUCCUCAGCAACACAGGGGUGAAUCACGUUGCCAAGUCAAAUGCACUUCGAUUGUGUGUUCUUAUCAGCCUGUUUGGCCUUAUGGCUGCUUAUGCUGCAGGGAGUUGCAGGGAAAUCCGUACGUCUAUCUUUGUGCUCACACUUGUUGGUGCAGUCCUGCUCUACCUCAUCAUUCAGUGGGUUGCUCCUAUAGUCCGCAAGCCAGAAUUUGUCCAGAAGUCCAUCAAGUGGAUAAAGGAAAAUAAAAGUAAGAUGAUUUCUAAGCUAGACUCCUUUAUGGAGAAUUGCAGCACAACCAAUGGACAGGUGACGCCACUAGGGUAUGAUGGACAACAGUCAUACCACAAUGACAGGUCAAACACUGUUAGUGAUGUGAAAGAUGACUUAGGAAAGUUACGCACAUACCUUUUAUUGCUUGGCAUCCUUGCUGCAACAGUUACAUACCAAGCUGGGUUGAAUCCACCUGGUGGGUUCUGGCCGAACAGUAGAGAUGAGCAUCUUGCUGGAGAUCCAAUCCUGGAGGCCAUCAAUCCCAUGCGGUACAAUGCAUUCUUCUACUGCAAUGCCAACGCAUUUGUGUCUUCCUUGGUCAUCAUUACCCUACUCCAGAGCCAGCUGAUUACCGUUGGUGCCAUGAAACGGUAUGUGCUGCAGACAGCCAUGAUUUUUUAUCUCUUCAGUAUGAUGGGGGCAUAUGCUGCUGGCAGCAGCCAGACUUUAUCCACAUCCUUGUAUGUGAUAAUCUUAGUCAUCCUUGUUUUCUCUUAUGUUAUGGAGUAUUGUGCUAUUUGUGGGUGCAAGAGUUCCUGAUGAAUCUGCUCAGAAACAAGAUAACCCUGAACUGAAAGAUUUGGAGAAGCGACGCAAGUUUCUAAUGUUACUUUCAGUUCUGGCAGCAUCCAGCACAUAUCAAGCCGGCAUAAGCCCACCGGGUGGCUUCUGGACUGAUAGCAAACAUGGCCACCAGGCAGGUUACCCGUUGUUCAAUGAUGAGUUUCUGCACCGCUACAAGGCUUUCUUCUACUUUAAUCAACUGCUUUCAUGGCAUCCUUAGCUGUAAUCAUGUUGCUUAUUAGUAAAAGGCUUUGCCAGAGUGGGUUGAAGGGCUACACACUGCGUGUAUGUGUGCUCUUGAUCUGAUGAGUCUCAUGGGUGCUUUUGCCUCUGGAAGCUGCAGGGAAGUGUCAACGUCGGUGUAUGCCAUCCUAGUUGUUGCUGCUAUUUUUGCCUAUAUCAUGAUUCAAAUUCUGGUACUGACCUUUGCAAAAGAUAAAGUGAUUGACUUGUUUGACUGGACGUUCCAUGUCACUGCUUUGAAACAUCUGAGUCAACCUAAGAAUUACAAUAGAAGCAUCAAAGUUGACUGAAAAACUGGGCAAAUGGCGUAAAGAUCUGAUGUUGGUUGGAACUUUCGCGGUGUCCGUCACAUACCAAGCUGGGCUCCUUCCUCCAGGUGCCCUUUGGCCUGAUGAUCGUGAUGGCCAUUUCACAGGUGACCCGGUCAUCCAUGAUACCCAUCCGAUGCGGUAUAAGAUGUUCUUCUACUGCAAUGCCACGGCAUUCAUGGCAUCGAUGGUCAUAGUCAUCCUGCUGCUGAACAGCACAAUGAGCAAGUACAGGAGGUCUCUCCUUGCCAUGAAAACAGCAAUGGUGAUGGACUUGGUCUGCUUGGGACGUAUGCUGCAGGCAGCUGCAGGAACAUAAAGACGUCUGCAUACAUUUUCACACUCUUUAUUGCUGUCUUCAUCUACAUUUCCAUUCACAUUUUGCUAUCAUUCGAUAAGAUAGCACGAGUAGUAAGGAAGAGGGGUGAACAAUGGAUAUCAUGCCUGCAGAAGAUUUGGGCACCCAUUGAAGCUGACUCUUCAAACCGUCAUCCAUCUACUGAAAUAUUCCUUGAGAGGUGCUUCUAGUUGUGCAUUAUGUAAUUCUGUCUCUGAAACUUAUUCAAUGGUGUGUGAUUAUGCUAAGGAUUUGUUUUCCUCACUUGUUAAAGUUUGAGGUUUUUAAACCUCUCGUUUACAGUUUGGUAAGAACAUGGACUGCAAUGUGGUUCCUUGUUUCAACUUUUUUGUGUUCAUUGUACUAUUCUUGUAAUCUUGUGAAUCUCCCUUACUUCAUCUACUGCCAACGGAAUUAUAAUAGUACUGGAAAUACUUGUUCUAUA